AUAAUUAUACAGUAUGAGAUCGUCAUUCAAAAUGUUUUAUUAAUAAUCUAAGUGGAGUAUUUCAUUAGAAAAAAAAAAAGAAGUAAAUGUGACAUCACUUUAGUGGUGGAUAGCCAUAGUUUUCAGUAAUCAAUCGGAGCCCGGCUUCGUGCUCUCCCAUUUCUGAUUUCUCAGAGGAACCGGCUCAGGAAGAGUUGCAGCUGAGCCAUACACGUGGAUCCACGUAUGCCACUGUUGGCUCCUCACACGCUCAAACAAUGAAGUCGUUGACACGUCCCCAUUUGGCUUUUGUUUCUUCGUGACUAAGCUUAAUCGACCCCCUAGCUUUUGCCAGGACCCACCAACAUAUGUCACCUCCUUUCAUUCAACUUUAUAAAGUAAGUAAAACCACAUACCCCACUUUUUAGUGCUAAAUGACUCAAAAGCCAAUCUCAGUACAAACUUCUAUGCCGUAUUGGACCGAAAUGCCCCUACAGUGGGCUCCACCAAAUACCCCUCUCCUUUGCUCUUAAAUACGACCCUCCUACGCUGCAAUUCUUCCCUUUCCUCCUCCCUCCUUCCUCCCCUUCUCUCUCUUUGAAGACAUUUUUCCUUAUUAUAAUAACAUAAUGUUGUCCACUAUUCCGGCCAUGUUCUCGUCCGAGACGAUGAUCGGAAACCCAUUCCCAUCCUUUGAGAACGGCUUCACGCCGUGGGACUGCUCCGAUUUUUUCUCAUCUGUUGACCAAUUAUCACCAAAACCAGUCGGUUCGAGUUCCGGCUCAGAGGAACCGAACCGUACAGUUAACUCGGAUGAUUCGAACCGAGAGGAUCUAUCUUUGAAGAUCGAUGAGCGAAAGCGGAGGCGGAUGAUAUCCAACCGGGAAUCGGCCAGGAGGUCACGCAUGCGUAAGCAGAAGCAUUUAGAAAACCUAAGGAACCAGGUGAACCGGCUUAAGAUGGAAAACCGGGAACUAACGAACCGGUUGCGCUUCGUUUUGCACCAUGUCCAACGCAUACGGAUGGAUAACGACCGGCUAAUUACCGAACAUAGUAUUCUCCGACAGAAACUGUCCAACAUCCAUCAAAUGUUAGCUCUCCGGCAACUGCAACAACAGUUCACGCUUACGUGGCCAUGCAACAGUACCAAUAUUACCACAACCUGAGAAAAAAUCCCAUCAUUAAUAACUUAAUUUGAACCUAAUAAUCAUAUUUAUCAUUGAAUUCUAAAACGGGAACAGAAAGAGCCACCUCUAUCUCUGUCGCUUCAUCUCUCCCUCUCCCUCUCCCUCUCCCUCUCCCUCUGUAUAAAAGUAGUAUUAAUUAACUAAGCUUCCAAGGACUAUUAAAGAAACAAUUGGUGGCUGGUUUUUAGGUAUUUUCCAAAAUUGGCGAUUUUGUGAAAGCUGAGGUGUGAUCAUUUUGUAAAGAUUUAGUCCAGUGUUUGGCCAACUAAUGUUUAUUAAGACGUGCAUGAUUGUGUUGUUUUUCAUCAAAUCAUCAUCUCCAUUUAUGGGCUCCUCUCCUUUCAACUUUUUUAUUUUCCAAACUCUUAUUUAUC